CACAUUCACAAUGAUCCUUUAUAUCAAACAACCUAACAAAAAAUACUGUCACAAAAAGUUCGUCAUUGAGACAUUUUUAAUAUCCGUUCUUAAAUGUAUUUUAUAUUAAAAUACAUGGAUUACGAGCAGCACAAAUGUCAAGAAUUUAUGGACGAGGAUGACUGCAAUACGGAGUUUGAGAACAAAACUUUACUAAUUAACCCAGAUUGUCCCAUAGGAAUAAUAAGGGAUUACAUCGCCACCAAUCUACAAUUCAGUGAAGAAGAAACGGGAAGGUUCGAUCUAAGCACGGAAAAAGCGAUUCUUCUUAACAUACAAAGGAAACCUCCAACGGAAUGCGGUUUAGAAUUUCUCAUUAACAUGGAAACCUACUAUAUCAUUUUGCCUAGCGAAAAUGGUCAACAAGAUUCAUCAAAACUUUUAAUACCCCUACUUAAUCGGUUUUCUAAAGAAUACCUAGAAUUUAUGGCUCAGCAAAGGAGAAGAUCGUCGAGCAUUAAAAUAAAAAGGAAGAGCUCUAACAAAACUUCAAACUCUAGUGUAUCAUCAGCGCAGUCACUUUUAGAUGGGAAAACUUCUAGUAAAUCUGAAAAGUAAUUAUGUCAUUAAUUUAAUCGUAUUUGUAUAUUAUUUACAUACAUUAUAUACUUAAUAAAAUAAUUUUGUCAAGA